AUGGAGGCGCCCCCAGAUGUCGUGCCUUCCGUUGAGGCGCCGCCCGCGACGCACGAUGACUCCACCACGAAGCCAGCGCUGACGCCGCCUACGAGCGAAGACAACGACAAGCGAUUCGAGAGGAUGUCGUCCGAACUCUCUGAGCUAGACAGCGACGACGGCGAAGACAUCGAACCAGACCAUUACUUCGAGGGAGGAAAGAUACCUGUGUUCAAGCCAACAAUGGACCAGUUUCGCAAUUUCAAGCGCUUCAUCGACAAGAUCGACAAGCAUGGAAUGAAGUCGGGUAUCGUUAAGGUUAUUCCACCAGCGGAAUGGCGCCAAUCGCUCCCUGACCUUACCGAAGCCGUCAAGAGCAUCAAAGUCAAAAACCCGAUCACCCAAGAGUUUGCUGGACAGCACGGCAUCUACACACAAGCCAACAUCGAGAAACAACGAUCGUACAACCUGCCGGAAUGGAAAGCCGUGACGGACGAGCCACAUCAUCAGCCGCCAGCCAAGCGAGGCGAGCGCCGAAAGGCUGCUGCCGAACCCCCGUCUCGUACCCGCUCGUCGCGCGCCGCCCCUACAAAUCGCGAUGCCUCGCCUGCACCCAAGCGCGGACCUGGUCGCCCUUCUCGAAGGCGUCAGGUGAAGAAGGAGCCAGUCGAAGACGAUGAAGACGAAGACAGCUCUCCCGAGGUCCCUCCCACACCCACAUCACCCGGAAAGGAAGAGAAGAAGACACCAGCAACGAGGAUCAAGAAGGAAGCGCGCGACACACCACCUGCUAGGGCACGCGGUCGGCAAGCCAAGACAGCCGACGAGAAGAAAUCCGUCUCUUCUCGGCGUCUGAACAACCGCGGCGCAGUGGCCGAUUACAUCGACGAGGCUGCGUUUGAGGACUUCGACUACCACCUGGAUGGCCUUGAUGAGUACACCGUCGAGCGAUGCAAAGAGCUAGAGGACAACUACUGGAAGACGAUCAACUAUGGCUCGCCUAUGUAUGGAGCCGACAUGCCGGGUUCUCUGUUCGACGACUCCACCACCUCCUGGAACGUCGCGAAGCUACCCAACCUUCUGGAUGUUCUUGGAACCAAGGUCCCUGGUGUCAACACGGCGUACCUCUACCUAGGCAUGUGGAAAGCCACUUUUGCCUGGCACUUGGAGGACGUGGACCUUUACAGCAUCAACUAUAUUCACUUUGGUGCCCCCAAGCAGUGGUACAGUAUAUCGCAAGAAGAUGCUCGCCGCUUCGAAGCUGCCAUGAAGACCAUCUGGCCAAACGACGCAAAGCAUUGCUCGCAAUUCCUUCGCCAUAAGACCUACCUAAUCUCGCCUCAGCGACUGGAGAGGGACUUCAACAUCAAGGUCAACCGCCUCGUCCACUAUGAGGGCGAAUUCGUCAUCACAUAUCCUUAUGGCUACCACUCCGGGUACAACAUUGGCUACAACUGCGCAGAAUCGGUCAACUUCGCAAACGAAUCUUGGUUGAGCUAUGGUCGGAUCGCAAAGAAAUGUCUCUGCGAAUCUGACAGCGUUUGGGUUGACGUUAACGAGAUCGAGCGCAAGCUACGAGGAGAGCCAACACCAGAGUACUAUGAGGAGACUGAUGACGAAGAAGACGACGAUGACGGCGCUGAUCGUCUGCCCAGUCCUCCAGCCAGUGUCGCUGGCAAAACCAAAGGAAAGCCAGGCCGUAAGCCAGCCGGCAACAAGAGGAAGCGCGGCAAAGAGGAUCCCAAAGAGACGUCUCGACCAAAGAAGCUCAAGCGCAUUCGUAUCCGUAUCAGGAUUCCAGGUCGAGGUAUGCCCUGCAUUCUCUGCCCUAACGAUGUGGAGUACGACGAUCUGCUGCCGACCGACAAUGGCAUGAAGGCUCACCGAAUCUGCGCGGACUAUACGCCUGAGACUUACAUUGUCAACAAGGGCGAUGUCGAGACCGUGUGCAAUGUGGCCAACAUCGGCAAGGACCGCUUGGAGCUCAAGUGCAACUACUGCCGAUCUAAGCGCGGCGCCGUCUUCCAGUGUUCGCAGAAGAAGUGUACUAGGGCCUUCCAUGCUACCUGUGCGGUGGCUGCAGGUGUCCAGGUUGACCUUGGUCCUAUGCCUACCUUCGACGAAGAAGGCACAGAAUACUUCUACGAUGGCUACGACUUCCGAUGCCGUUUCCAUCGGCCAAAGAAGCGCAACAACAAGACCGUCGAUGUUGAAGCACUGGAGAAGGACAAGUUUGUCUUGGCCUAUGGCAAGACUCUCAAACCCAAGGAUGUCAUCCAGUUCCAGUACGUGGGUGGCGAAAUGUACCAGAUCUACGGUGCACAGGUCGUGGAAAACAGACCUGGUGAGCAGGCUGUCCUGGUAGAUGUAUUGCCUGAUGGUGAUAGAGUUGAAGUCGAGUGGAAGUACAUACUCAAGCUUCAUCCGGACGAAUCGCAGCGACUGAAGCCUUCGGCAAAUGCUAAGCCACUUCCUGAGCAUCUCAAGGAGAGCGAUGCAUCCCUUGACAUCACGAACCGCACUGACGGUGUACCUGAGAUGGGCGAUCCUUUCCACGACCCCAACUCUGAGCACAAGUGGGCUGAAUGGUAUACUGCUCCUGAGGUUACUCGGAGAGUGGCUAGAGUCGAUCUGAGCAAGGAGGAUCGGCUUUGGUACUACCUUGGAAAGCCUUCAACCGAGGCUAGGCCACAGUACACUGAGGACCCUGCAAAGCCUAGGAACAACCCCAGGAGCAACUUCCUCGAAACCGUCAAGCCUCCUCCCCCGCCAGUACCAACCUUCCAUCGUACUUCGUACCCAGCCUCCUAUCCAAUCAAACCGGCACCCAUCGCAGUACCUCCGCGCACACCAAUGCAAUAUCAAACACCAGAUGGUCGGCCGUACAAUUACAAGCCGAAGGAGUUGGCGAUGUCGUCUUACAGGUCGCCGGUCUACAACCCUGAUACUCGCAAGAAUCCCAACUCGCCAGUGGCGCAUCAACCCAAUGUCAGCUAUGAUCAUCGCUUGCCCGCAGGACAACAAGGACAGCAGCCAUACCAAGGCUACCACACUCAUCGGUCACCGCACCCUUCACAACAGCAACAGCAGUAUCAGCCAUAUGUGCCACCACAGAGCUACUCUAAUGCGUCCUGGAAAACACAGUCGGCAACGCCUUUGCUCAAUGGAAUUGACAAUCUGGACGGUGGAAUUGCACCCGAAUGGAUGCCAAAGCAGGCUACGCCGAGAACCAGUGGUACACCUACUUCCAUCGCACCAAGGCCUAUCGCGUCACACGGAGCCGCGCCUUCUCCAGGAUACUACGGACCGCCACCGCCAACGGGCCUCCCUGCACCAAGGCCAUCCGCACAGUUCCAGUCUUCAGAUGCUUUUCAACGGGAAAUGGCAAGGACGACGCAGACUCCCGAGGCGCCAAAGUGGGAACAGAUGCUUAAGCAGCUCGCUACAUCGACAGGCCCUACGGGUACGCCAUCCAUGACUGCGCACUCGCCACAGGCACCUCAACCUCGCUACCCUCCCUCGGGGCCCCGCUCCAGUCUAUCGUACGACCUUCCUAGGAGCAUGCAAGCUUCGCAAAUUCAAACCCCACCAGGACCGCCACCACGCGAGCCACAACGACCGACACCUAGCCCUAUCAGUGACGACGGCAAAGGCGGUCUUGUAGCUGUAUCAAGGGACCAGAAGCCAGUGCUCCCGCCUCUGCAGCCUACGACGAAUGUCCACGGAGCUGAGACAUGGCGCUACUCGUCUUAA